GGGUAUAAAGUGAGCCGUCACAAACGGGGUUGAGGGCAGAACAGUUUCUGCUUAAGUUCCUUCCCACAAGCUAUCAUCAUCAUGUCUGAUACCCUAGCCACUAGUGUUCCACAGACACAGAAGGCAUGGCUAGCCAUUCGCCGUGGUGAGCCAUCUUAUGCUCUGCGUCUCGACAACAAUGUGCCGGUAUCGUCAAAAUUGGAGAAUGGCGAGGUCCUGGUGAAGGUCCAGGCGGCAGCUCUGAACCCUGUCGACCACAAGAAACUGAAGCUCUUACCUACUGUCUUUAGUGGGAGGCCACAUGUCAUAUCCCAUGACUUUGCUGGAAUAGUACUUGCUUCCAGUGACUCCAAGAUCAAGCAGGGUGAUGAGGUAUUUGGGACUAUUCUUCCUAAUUUUCAGAAUAGGACUCACCAAGGUGCCUUGUCACAAUUCGCCCGUGCGCCUACCAAAACCGUAGCGCUACGUCCGAUGAACAUCACCCCUACGCAAGCGGCUGGUCUCGCCGUUGUCUGUCUUACCGCAUAUAACGCGUUAUUUGACGUGGCCAAGCUUGAGCCCGGUCAGAGCCUCUUUGUGAGCGGCGGGAGUACUGCCGUCGGCAUUGCCGCCAUACAGCUUGCUAAAGCUAUUGGGUGUAAAGUUACCGCAACGGCAUCUGGCAAGAAUGAGGAACUGGUAAAGUCCCUGGGAACUGAUGUGUUUAUCGACUACACGAAAGGACCGGUUCACGAAACUUUGGAGCAUAAUGCACCCACACCCAAGUUCCAUGUUAUCCUAGAAGCGGCCGGCAUUCUCGCCCUUCCCUUGUGGACUCACUCUGAGGCGUAUUUGACACCUGGUGGGACAUUUGUCUCCGUAGGCCCUCAACCCGAUGGCGCUGGUGAAAUACCUAUCCUCAUUCGGUAUAUUUGGGAAGCAUUCAUUCGUCCGACAUGGCUGGGUGGUGUCAAGCGUAAAUGGCGUCUUUGUCAUCCCCAAGAGAAGCAAGAGCAGCUAGAGCACAUUGCUAAACUUAUAUCUGAAGGGAAAUUCAAGUCUGUCGUUGACUCUGUCUAUGACUUUGAUGAUGCUUUGAAAGCAUUCGAACAUGUUAUGACCAAAAGAGCCAGGGGCAAGGUUAUUGUCAAGGUUGAUCCAUCUGCUGACUAGUACAUAUUUAGCACAUGUUGCUGAUAUGAUUAUAUCGUAUUCUCCACACUACAUGUCUUCCUCACUGUUGUUCUGACCAUCGCAAUCAUUGCGUCAAUCAUUGGCUUUACACAUCAUCAGCCUCAGAAUCUGAGGAGUCUCUACAUUGUAGAUUCCGGUGGAAAAUAUAGAACUGUUUCAUUGCAGUCUCUUCUGAAGUGGGGCAGACUAAAAAGAAACAUCCAAGGUGCAC